AUGCAAGGAAUAAAAGAGGUCAACCUCGAUAGCGACAUUGAUUUUGUCCAGACCCCAGCACCCAAGCCAUCGAGGUUUGCGAUCGGUGAAGACUGGGGAAUUCCCUCGACGAAUUCACCAGCCAUCCACAACCCUCCCUUAGCAGCCGACGGGGCUGGAAACGAGAGCUUCUCCAAUCGCUUCUUAAUCGGUGCCCUGCUGGGAGUCCCGGCUUUCCUGACAUGGAUAUUUGGCGGCGGAGUGAAGGCAGCAUUCCUGCUUGGUCUGGUCACAGCGCUGCCAAUUCUGGUGGUGUUUUGGACUUGGACAUCGACGUGUAGCCCACGGAUCAACGAGAAGGUUAAAUUGCCAGGACGGCCAGUCGAAGAGUACUUGACGUUCAAGAGCCAGAUGGACCGGGUGAAAUGGCAGGGUCGGAAUCGGAUUGCCAUGCAGACCUUUUGCGAAAUGUAUCUCGAUGGCCGGGUGGAUUUCAACGGAGACUGUCUGGACAUGAUGGAAUACCGGCAUGAUUGGUCACACUUUGGCUUUACCUGGCAGCUGUUCAAAUUCAUCCUGUUCACGUUUGCACGGGAUGUUCUGUCUCAUACGAAAUCGCAGGAUGAGGAGCAGAUCCGGCCGAACUACGACCGCGGCAACGAUCAUUACGCCUGGUUCCUGGGCCCUCGGAUGAUCUACACUUCGGGCAUCAUUUCCGAUCCGGAAAAGGAGGAAACACUGGAGGAAAUGCAGGAUAACAAGAUGGCGAUUGUCUGCGAGAAGCUGGCAUUGCAAAAAGGCGAGACCCUGUUAGAUAUUGGCUGUGGAUGGGGGACACUGGCCAAGUUUGCGAGUCUCAACUACGGAGCGAAAGUGACUGGCCUCACGAUUGCGCAACACCAAACCGCAUGGGGAAACGAUGCUCUCCAAAAGGCUGGCGUCUCUGAAUCCCAGAGUCGCAUUCUCUGUAUGGACUAUCGCGAUAUCCCCCGUACGCAGUAUGAUAAGAUCACGCAGCUCGAAAUGGGCGAGCAUGUCGGGGUUCGGAAACUCACCGGCUUCUUCCGCCAAUGCUAUGAGAUGCUGAAAGACGACGGCGCCAUGUAUGUGCAACUGUCUGGUUUGCGACAGGCCUGGCAGUACGAGGACUUUAUAUGGGGUCUAUUUUUGAACAAGUAUAUCUUCCGUGGCGCGGACGCCUCCACUCCCCUUUGGUACUAUAUCAUGUGCUUGGAACGGGCUGGAUUCGAGAUUAAAAGUGUUGAUACCGUCGGGGUCCAUUAUUCAGGCACGCUUUGGAGGUGGUAUCGGAAUUGGAUUGGCAACGCACCAACUAUCAAAGCCAAGUACGGCCAACGUUGGUUCAGAAUUUGGGAGCUCUUCCUUGCUUGGUCAGUCAUUGCCGCUCGUCAAGGCAGCGCCACUUGUUUCCAGAUCCUCGUCGUGAAGAAUCUCAACUCCACGCAUCGAAUCAACGGGGUGCCAUCCCAAUUCGGGUUGUCUGCUGCCCUUGCCUCGAGCGUCAAGUCUGGCAAGUCAAGAUUGCCAUGA